CUACAUAUUGCAGACUACGCUCUACACUUUCCAACUAAAGGCACCAGUGACUAUGUGAACAUUUGGGGUAUGCCCAGCUUGACCCAGUUCACUGUAUGUCUCUGGGUGAAGACAAACGCCACUACCGAUGGUACUCCGUUCAGUUACGCUGUUCCCGGCCAACAGAAUGAAAUUGUCAUCCUCGGCGUGAGGAACCCUGACAUUUUCAUUGCGGGUGGAAGCUCUAGGUACAUUUUGCUGGUAAAAACGAUGAAAUGAGUCGUUAACAGAUCUUAACAGUGUAUAUCCUGAUCAAUGACGAAUUUUGCUUUAUCCUCGGUUUUUUGUUUUUUUUUUUUUUGGAAUUUUUUUUUUUUUUAUUUUUUUUUUUUUUGUUUUUUGGCUUGGAUAUUUGUCUGUGACCGGCAAAUAACUAAAUACUUUUACAUGAUAAUGUAAUAGUUAAAGUAACCCUAAAUCCCCUCCUGCAUAUACAACUCUAAAAUUUUACACAACAUAAAAUUUUACGCUUUUCCCGGACACCAGAAUGAAAUUGUCCUCCUCGGCGUGGGGAACCCGUCCAUUUUCUUGGGGGGUGGAAGCUUAAGUUACUUUUUGCUGGUAAAAAGGAGGAAAUGAUUUUUUAUCGGUUUUUAACUUUGUAUUUCUUUUUUAAUGACAAAUUUUGUUUUUUCCUCGUUUUUUUUUUUUUUUUUUUUUUCAUGUUUUUUAUAUUUGUAUUUUUAUUUUUUUGCACUUUUGGCGUGAAAUAUGUAAUGAAACGGGCAAAUAUCAAGACCAUUUAAGAGGAAAUGUUAACAAUUGGACUACCAUUCAAGCCCGAUUUGCCAAGACAGUAUUAAAUUUUAAAAUAAAGUAAGUUUUAAUUGCCAAAGUAAAAAGGGGCUUACAAUUUUCUUCUUACUCAGUUAUUAUUUCUUACAGUUUUACCUUACCUUCAACAAAUGAUGGAAAAUGGCACCACGUCUGUUUAUCCUGGGAAAACAUCGCGGGCUCAUGGAAAUUAUACAAAGAUGGAGCAGUGGCAAAGCAAAGGGAUUCGCUGGGAGCAGGGCACGUGAUAAUAUCAGGAGGAUCGCUUAUGCUGGCUCAAGAGCAAGAUUCUUUAGGUGGCGGCUUCGAUAUAAAUCAAUGUUUCAUUGGGAUGUUGACAAACGUCAAUGUCUGGGAUCACGUGCUUUCCCCUGCAGAAAUCGAGAAGAUGUCAAAAUCGUGCCUCUCUGGGGAGGGAAACGUAUAUAAGUGGUCUGAUUUCAUUUAUGGCCUUAAAGGGGAAACCAGAGUAGUCAUUCCAUCUCCUUGCAAACCAAUGGCUUCCUAA